GCAAAGAAGACCCGCGAAGCUUGCUGUUGAAAUAAGUGUUAGACUAGAGAAAUGAUGGCUGACUAUUAAAACCUUAGAUGGACCUCAAACUAUCUUUUAAUCUGCAGUGUGACGUGAAGUCGCUACUUCUGACUACAGACACCAGAGUGUGUGUGUUUGUGUGUAUGUGUGUGUGUGUGUGUGUCACGACCUUCAGCAGUAAUGUUGUCAUCAUGAAACAUCGCCACGUGUAAAAAUGCACAACUAAUGAUCUAGAAAGAACGAGCAUGUCAAACCAGGCACGUUACCUCAUCUUUUUCCAGUACAUUGGAAGUAAAUACAGCGGUGCAGUCAAAGUACCUGCGACACAGACCUCGCUCAAAGGAGUCCAAGAUCACAUCGAGGAUGCCAUAGAGAGGCUGAAGCCACUCCACCCAGUACGCCUCUACAUCUCCAGCAGGACAGAUUCAGGCGUCCACGCCCUCUCCAACUCCGCCCAUUUUGAUUUUCAACGCAAAAACGAUAAGCCACCAUUUACCGAAGAUGUCCUUGUCAAGGCUCUCAAUUUAAAGCUGGACAGGGAGCACAUCAGCAUCAACCAAGCCUAUCGAGUGGCAGCUGACUUCAGCGCCCGUUACCGCGCACUUUCCCGCACUUACGUCUAUCGCGUGGCCCUAGGUUGUCAGCUUCCCCUUGUGGAGCGCAACAUGUGCUGGAAUCUCCACCACACGGAGCUGGAUGUCGGAGCCAUGAGGGAGGCGGCUGCCAUGUUGGUCGGGACUCACGACUUCAGCAGCUUCCAGGCCAUCAACUCCGACAUAGCUUCUAAAAACCCUGUGAAGACGCUGGAAGUGGUCAGGAUAAACCCCGGGAGGGCCUUCGUCUGUGAGCAUUACCACAGACACAUUCCAGUGUGGGAGCUGACCUUUCAAAGCCAGUCCUUUCUGUACAAGCAGGUGCGUCGCAUGACCGGUGCUCUGGUGGCCGUGGGCCAGGGGAGACUCACUCUUCCCAAACUGAAAGAGAUGAUGGAGGCACGCCACUCUUUGGUCUAUCCUUCCAACAUGGCUGCUCCACCUCAGGGCCUCUUCCUCACCAGGGUCAACUACAAAGAGUCCGAUCUCCUCUCGUCCCCACAAAGGUCCACUCAUCCUUCCACAGGAGUCUCAGAUGAGUAACAAUGUCAUUCUUUCAAGUGUAUACGCCACUUUAUUGGUUAAUACUGCAUGUGUUUUAGGACACAGAUAAACAUGUUUCAUUGCUACUA